GUGGCGCUGCCGUUGCUCAUCCUCGCCCCUCCAAUUCCUGUCAGUCCCGAUUUUGUGUUUGAUAGAUUCUGUUUUUCGUGCUGAUUUUGCGAUUUUUCCUCGAUCCGACUCUCCACCUUUCUGCUCCGACCUGUCGUCGCCUCGCACCUUUCAACUUAAGUCGCUGAUUGAACAAAACAUACACUGAGACUAGUGCAAGAUGAGAAGAAAACAUCCACCAGUUGAAUAAUUACACACAACCCCAACUCAAUCCGCUGAAUUUUUGGCCUUCAAGUCUGCUAUCCUCUUAGAUAGCCAUGGUUCAAAAGUACCACUCACCCCUCAGAGUGUACAAAUACCCCUUCGAGCUGGUCAUGGCGGCGUAUGAAAAGCGAUUUCCAACGUGUCCGCAAAUUCCCAUUUUCCUGUCGUGCGAAAUCGUGAGGGACGAAACAACCCCCGACGGCUCGGAAACCGUAAUCGAGCGUCGUUGCAAACUCAACGUUGACGUGCCCUAUCUAUUGAAAAAGAUAAUCGGCGUCGACGUCGUCUACUUCAUUCAAAGAAACACCCUGAACCGGAGGAAGAGGCGCCUGCUGAUCGAGGCCUGGAACGAAAGUUUCGCAAACCGAGUCGAGAUUUUUGAAACCUGCGAAUACUUUGUUCACCCUGAAAAUUUGGGCUGGACGUGUUUCGAGCAAGUGGCCAAUUUCGAGAUCAAGUCGUUCCUUGGAUUUGAAAACGCGAUUGAAAAAGUGGCCAUGAAGCAGUAUUCUUCCAAUAUUGCAAAGGGUAAAGAGAUCAUUGAUUAUUUUAUUGAAGAGAUGGCAAAACAAGGAAUUACUGAAAUUCCAAUCUGGCAAGAAGACGCGGCUUCUGACAAAAGCCAGGCCGGAAGUGAUGAAGAAAAUGAGCAGGCAAAUGGUGAAAUGCAAUCGCCAGACGAGAAAGAAGUUCGAGAAAUGUUGGCCGAAGAGCUGACCUUGGGGGCUUCGGCCUCUGAUCUCCUGCGCAGACACAGCGUUUCCCAGAGUCUCGGGAGUGGAGACCAUAAGUCAUUUCAAUUAGACCACGACUACAUUCAGAGGUACCUCGGCAAACUGACAAUGAUGCAGGAGUCAAAACUUGUCCAGUUGCGAGAGUGCAUGGCAGAACUUCAAAAGGGAAAGGCCCUACCAGACAGCACACUUUUGAGAUUCCUUCGCUCAACAGAAUAUAAUCUGGACAAAGCAAGAGAGAAUCUUUGCCAGAGUUUGCAGUGGCGCAAGAAAUACCAGGUGGACAAGAUUCUCAGUGAAUAUUCAUAUCCCGAGGUGAUAACCACCUACUUCCCAGGAGGUUGGCACCAUCACGACCGAGAGGGUCGUCCUCUUUACGUCAUGAGAUUGGGCCAAAUGGAUGUCAAAGGAUUGAUCAAAACCAUUGGAGAAGAUGGAUUGCUCACUUUGACCCUGCAUAUCUGCGAGGAAGGUCUGCAAUUGCUGGAAGAAGCAACUCGCAAGGAAGGCCGACCAAUUUCCAGCUGGUCACUGCUGCUCGACCUUGAAGGUUUGAACAUGAGGCACCUAUGGAGGCCUGGAAUCAAGGCUCUUUUGAGAGUGAUUGAAAUCGUCGAGGCUAACUACCCUGAGACAAUGGGAAGAGUUUUUAUUGUCAGAGCUCCGCGGGUGUUUCCCAUUUUGUGGACUCUCGUCAGCCCCUUCAUACAUGUGAACACGAGAAGCAAAUUUCUCUUCUAUGGGGGCAACGACUACCAAGACGAGGGAGGUUUGAUGACUCACAUUCCUGAGGAGAUUCUGCCAAAUUUUCUGGGCGGAACUUGCUCUAAAUUAAAUUAUCAGAGCCGAGUUGUGGAGGGUGGAUUGGUUCCUAAGUCGUUGUAUUUGUCGGACGACGCAGAUUGGGACAGGCCUUUGAAGGAGGACAGCAUUUAUCAUUGUGUCACCCUUACCAAGGGCCAGGUGCACGAGGUGGUUUUGUCCAAUGAAGAAGCGGGCAGUGUAAUUACCUGGGACUUUGACGUUUUGAAGCACGACAUCAGCUUCAGGGUCAUCUACACCCAGACAACAAUUGAGUCAUCCUCGUCAAACACUGGAGGUUCUUCUGUAAUCGAGCAACUGGGCAAUGAGGGGGCCGAGUACGAAUUUGUCGAGAGUCAGCUGGUUUGCCACGACGGAGAAAGUGUCCAGGGAAGUCACGUAUCUGCACACGCAGGCUGCUACAUUCUGCAGUGGAAGUUCCACAUCGCCCCACACAAGUCCACCGGCCAAGGCGUAUCGGAAUCUCAGAAGGCCCACAUCAUGUAUUACACUGAUUACCUCAGCUCAGCAAAUUAUAGAGGUUCUUUAUCGAGUCUCCAGUCAAGCCACAGUCACCAAACUGCGCCGAGCACUUCAUCCACUGCGUCCAGAUAGACAUAAUAAUACUCUGCUUUUGUAGGCCAUCCAGGUUAAUCGCUUUUCAGAUUAAUUUGUACAAUUAGGAUUUAAUUAUUAUGGAGUUUAAACAUUUUUCUAGAGGGUCCAGGCAAGCUGUAGUAGAAUUUUUAUACAGCAUGGUUAUAUUUUCGAAAGCUGAAAACUUUUAAUAGGGAGUAGAGCAUACGUAAAACCUCAGCAACGGCAGAGUACAAACUUUGACAGAAAUAUACGUCUAUCCAUCAAAACUUCCAUAAAUUCAGUUGAACAUUCCAUCGAUGGCCGAUCCAUAGAACGCAUUAAGCAAAGUUUAGAACAAAUUUUUGUGUUUCUUGUUCAAUAUAGCUAAUAGGAGCAAUUAUAAAAACCGUGUAUUGUUACCCUUUGUACAUUUACCGGAGAUGGGUUUCAAGUGUAUUUUAUUCUUAAAUUUAGCCAAAUGGUUUGAAUUUUUGUAAAAUUUUAUCACAAUCAAACUUCUCACUAUUCGGAGGCUCAUAAAUAUGUAAAUGUGUACAAGAUCAAGAUGAAUCACAGCAUUUAUUUUGACCCAUCCGCUGCUUCCAAAGUUUUGCAAUUUUUGUACUAAACGAGCUCAAUCUGUCGAAACGAUCGUCAAAGCUUGUACAAAACUCCAAUUGAUAAAGCGUCCACAAAAAUAUCUGCAAUUCUCAUUAAACUUGUAUUUGAAGAAGCAUUAUAUGCUGCUGGGCAGCUGUGAAUUAUGUACGUUUUUACUAUAGUCAAGUCUUUUAACUAAGAAAAUUGAUUUUAAUCAAGUGUGUUAUAUUUGUGAUUUAGUUUUUAGAAAUUAACACGAAAUGAAACCACCUUUGCUAAUUUGAUAAUUGAUUAUUAAGUAAAAGUUUUCGUUUUAUCCAGUUGUGGUGAUACUUUGGUCACAGUUUAUUCCAUACACACUUAUAAUUAAAUGCCACUCAAUAUUCUUGUGUUUUAAAUAUAGAACUUAUUGUUUUAGUUGAAAAAUAUUUAACUGUAACUGGUAAAAAAAAUAUCUCUCAACCUCUUAUGUGAUUUGUUGAAUGGAAAAAUAAAACAAAAUAUAAGAAGCAUGU